GCUGAUACAGCUCAGGCUACAGCCAUUUAACAUAACUGAUGGUAGGAAUUUAAAUACCUCAGGGAGUAAAAGAGCUCAACUCGAGCAGCGCUUCGUCAAAAAGACGUCAUCCAGCCAACCACGUCCACAGUGUUUGCGACUCUUCAGACCUGCAGCAGUCGGUGUCGGAGCUUCACCUCAUCCUCCCAACAACAACAUCCCCUCCCAAAACCCCCACUCUGCCGCCAGCCCUUUCCUCUCCCCACUUUUCCCCCAGGGAACAUUCUUCUGCAGACCACAUUAAAAAAAACAACGAGCUAUCGGCUCAGAAGAGAAGGAAAUCUGUGCGUUGUGUUCUUCAGCACCAGGGAUAGAGAGAGCAAGGAUCGACAUGGCUCCGAUUGUAGAGAGCGGGGACAGCCUUGAUGGUAUACCUGCUCUUAUAGGGAUAGCCAGUGCGUUUGCCCUGAUAUUUACGAUGUCCAUGUUUGCGUGGAUCUGUUGUCAACGCAAAUCUUCAAAAUCUAAUAAAACCCCUCCCUACAAAUUCGUUCACAUGCUGAAGGGAGUCGACAUAUACCCUGAGAAUCUUAGCAACAAAAAGAAAUUCGGGGCCGAUGACAAAUCGGACUCUAAAGACAAGGAAUCUUCAAAAGCCAAACUGCCAAAGAACUCGCUCCAUUUAGACCUGGAGAGCCGUGAUCAGAAUGGAAAUUUCACGAAAACUCCAGCCAAAGUCCGGAGCUCCCCAGAAAUCGAGAGCGUUCACCCCAAGGCAUUUUCAGAAGGCGAGAAUAACAGUGUAUCAUCCGAGACCUCCGCCUCGGACAAGUCAUUGGCUCCUUCUGAAGAGGAAAACCGUGGACCCAAACUGGGAUCCUUGAGAUUCUCCUUAAAGUACAACUUGGACAAGAAGGCGUUGCUGGUGAACAUUAUAGAAGCCCGCGGUUUGCCAGCCAUGGACGAGCAGUCCAUGACCUCUGAUCCUUACAUUAAAAUCUCCAUCCUGCCAGACAAGAAGCACCGAGUCAAAACACGCGUCCUCCGGAAAACCCUGGACCCGGCUUUUGACGAAACGUUCACGUUUUACGGCAUCCCUUACAGCCAAGUGCAGGACCUGUCUCUUCAUUUCCUAGUGCUGAGUUUCGACCGGUUUUCGAGAGACGAUGUCAUCGGCGAGGUGUUGGUGCCGAUGUCAGGAAUCAAUCUCACGGAAGGAAAAGUGCAGAUGAACAGGGACAUCACCAGGAGAAACUGUCGGAAAUCAGUGGGUCGUGGAGAAUUAUUAGUGUCCCUUUGCUAUCAAUCUACCACCAAUACCCUGACUGUUGUUGUACUAAAAGCUCGUCAUCUGCCGAAAAAUGAUGUGUCUGAAUUAUCAGCUGCUGACCCUUACGUCAAAGUCAACCUCUACCAUGAUAAGAAAAGAAUAUCAAAGAAAAAGACCCAUGUUAAGAAGUGCACCCUGAAUCCAGUGUUUAAUGAGCUCUUUGUCUUUGACAUUCCAUGUGAGGGGAUUGAAAACAUCAGUGUUGAGUUCCUGGUCAUUGAUUUUGACAGAAUGAUGAAGAAUGAAAUUAUUGGGCGCCUCGUGCUGGGAACAUCAGUAGAAGGGACAGUAGGAGAGCAUUGGAGGGAGAUCUGUGAGCAUCCAAGGCGACAAAUAGCCAAAUGGCAUUGUCUGAGUGAUGGUUAGCAUCAAAAUGGAGGGUUGGACUUUAUUGUUUGGUAGGCAAGGAACAAGCUGUGCAUUAACCAACCCAAAGCCUUUCUGAAGAAUUUUCAAUUUAUACUAAAUAUACAUAAUUUGUACAUCUGAUUGUGGUAAAUAUUGUGAUCUGUACUGUAUAAGAUGAUGUGGCAUUGCUCUCUUGUUUGCUAACAUUAUAAAUAGAUUCAAGGUAGCUAGUAGAAUGGUAGGCAUGUAUGUUCGCAUUUUGUGUGGCUGUUCACAUUAGGGAGUAUGUUUCUGGGGAUUAAACUUUUAGGAUGUAAGAAGCAUUUACAAUUUGCUGAUAUCUUUUGCAAUGGAAGCCCGUAACACUUUGAGUGAACUGGGGAUAUCUGAAGUAAAGCCAUUCCAAUGUUUGUAGCUCAAGAAGCUAAACAAAUAUAUAAACAGGUUAUGUGUUGCCUUAAUGUUCAAAUAUAUUGGAGGGGAAGAGUCCAGGUAGCACAGUUGUUUUGUUGCUUUCCACACCUGGUUAAAUGAAAUUAUCUAUGAGCUAAGGUGAAACAUUAGCUAAUAUCGAAAGUUUUACCAAGUUUCUGUCACCAAUGACCCAAAACACAACACGCCACUAAUAUAUUAACAGUUGAAAUUGUUAUCAUUGUCAUUCAAAAAGGUGUUGGGCAUAGCUAGAUAUGUUGACAUGGCCAGUGAUAAAAUAUCAUCAUUUUGCAGUGGGAUAUGCUUUCCUAAAGUUGAAAUAAUUGUAGUAUGGAGUAAAAUUUACAGUAAAUUUAAUUGUGAUGUAUUUGACCUAGUAUUUCUUGAUAGUACUCCAUAGAUGCUGCCUCAUCCACUGAGUUUCUCCAGCAUUUUUGUCUAAGCUAGUAUUUCUUGAUAUCACUUCCUCAUACCCAAAAUCAGAUGUGUUCCAUUUAUAGCUUGGACAUCUCUCCAUACAAGAAGCACAGUAUUUACCCCUAAACUAUUUGUUUUAAAUGAAUUGUGGUAUCAUAAAUGAUUGACAACAUGAAGAAUGGCAAUUCAUAUUAAUAGAUUUUAUAUUAUAGUUUCAUCCAUUUUCAGAUCAUUGGGGCAUUUAAAUGCACUAUCAUUUAUACAUUGUAUUAUUUUGUAUGGAACAUAUAUAUAUCAAUAGUGCCAUCUACAUAGCAGCUGUAUCUGGGAAGCAGUGGCAUACUAAAAUUAAUAUUAUUUUAUUGCAAAAGUUGUUUCUGUGUGAUUUCAUGAUGCCAUAGAAAUAAACAAGUUAAUGUUGUGGUUAAAAUAGAUGCACAUAAGGUUCACUAAAUCUGCUCAUAGGCUAAUUCAAAAUACAAAGGAAAAAUAAUGUUUUUUCUUCUGCCUUCACCAAAGCUUCAUAACACUGCAGAUUGAAGUAAGUACACAGUGAAGAAUUGUGGCAUAUCCCAAAAGGCUGACCUGAAAAGCUAAGAGGAAAGAUGGUCAGCAUCACAGUCAGGAUAUAAUUAUACUCCAUUACAUUUCAUACAUGUUAUUUUCACCAAAUCUUUUUUGCAAGUUAAAAAAUUAUUGAUUUUUAAUAGGAAACCAUACACAUGGUGGACUGAUUUCAAUUACGUCAUGAUAUUUCUUUAUUUAUUGAAUUGUGACAAAUCCUCUCCAAUAUUACUUUGAGAAAAUGCCAUUAUAUGUGAUGUAAGUGAGCUCUUUUCAGAGCAAAUUUGGUAAAAGGUAGGCCACUGAAAGAAAGGUAUAACUGUUUUAUCUAUCCUUUUAUAGCAUCAGGUUGAACAUAUUGUUAUAAAUAUGGUCUCAUUUGGUUCCAUUCUGAAACUACAGUACAGUCAUCCAGCUUGUGUAAAUCAUGCUACUGUAAAUGCAUUGUGAACCAUGCAUUUAUUAUGCAUGAUGCUUUAAACUAGAUCUCAGUGACAGGUGUAGGAGAGCAUGUAGUAUAUUUAAUGAUUAAGUAUACUAUUGAUGCAACCCUAAAAGAUGCAGGAACAGAAUGCAACUUUAAAAUCAUUAGUUACUACCAAGGAAAUGAUACAGAAUGAGAGUAAAAAGUGAUUAUAGCUUUCAGAAUGAUGCUAUUUGAUCUUGAAUGUCAAUGCAUUUAGUGAAUUGAAUUUUUUCUGUCACUGAUCCUUAUAGUUCCAGGAAAAAUCAUUGCUUGAAACAUUAAUGAGCACUCAGUACCAUUAUUGAUCUCUUCACUUUGAAUCUUAAUGGAUCAAAUUUUGAGUGACCAUAUGUUGCCAUUUAUGUUUACUAUAUAUGGCUUCCAUUUUCUUGUUAUGUUUAGCAUUAUAUGUUUGCGUUUUUUUUUAAAGAGAAAAGGGCUCCAAAUAUCUUUAAGCUGCUUUGGGCAUGCACACUGCCAGAGACCAAAUUUCUUGUAUUUUGAUGGAAACAUCAAGCCAGGCUCACUUUAGGGAUUAGGAAUACUUUGUGAAAAGGUGAUCUGUAGGGUAACAUUAUAUGCAUUUUGUAGAAUAAAUAUGAGGGGAAAUGUUAGAUAAAAUAUACUUUUGUAGUAUAGGAAUAAGUGGUUGUGUUUACAAUUGUUCAGAUGAACAUUUUAGCACAGAUGAAUUUGGCUUGGCAAGAUUGAACAGAUCAAAGGGAAUCUGAAGGCACUGCAUAAAGACAUGUUACCAUAAUUCAGCCAUCUGGAAAUAUAUUACUAAGCUGAAGACCUUGUGCUACCAUGCCUAUUCAUUGCUAUGCAGGAUGGGAUUACAAGUCUCACCACAUGGGAAAAGAUAAGUCUGCCUGAAGCUACUUCAGUAAUCAUAAGUUCUAUUGGUAUGUGCAAUUUAAGGAAUUUAUGUUAUUUUUAUAGUUUCUCAUUUUUUAAACUUAAUAAACUAUGUUAAACCAGGUUAGAAUGUAAUCAUUAGGCUAGAAUUUUAAAUUAUUAUUGAUUGUCAAAUUAAAUCAAAUUUUCUUCAAAUGACACCAAUCCAUCAAUAAAUGCUUGAUUUUAACAAUUAUUCAGUGCUGGUAAGUCUUCAAUCACGUAUCGGAGAACUUAUUAACUCAGCAGAAUCAUAGAACAACCACUUACAAACUGCUAGAGUUUAAUUGAAAUGUUGUCUCAGUUUUGGAUCUGAUAAAUAUAUCAAAAAUUAGAAUUUGUUUUAAUUUAAUUUCACAUUUCAGAAUUACAUAAAAUACUUUUACCCCAGUGAAUUUGAAAUGUUUCAUGUUAUCAAAUUUUAAUUUCACAACAUUGUUCAAAGCAUUGCAAUUGCAGUUGUAAUUUUUGUAAAAUAGUUUUGAAUAAUUUUGAAAAUUGUAACUGUGUGUGGUUUGAAAUGAUGAUGUGUGGCAAACUACUUACUCAAAACCUCCAGCAUUAAAGGUUGCAGAAUUAUAUAUAUCUAUACGGUGUAAUUCUGUAUACGUAAUAUGUUUUGUAUGUUGCAUUACAAUGUGUUUACAAUCAAUUAAUUAAAAGAAUGCGCACAUUCACAUAUUGUGGUAGUAAUGUAAAUUACUGGCGACAAUUGUAUUUAAUACUUCUUUGUGCUGUUGAUGUAAGAUUAUGGUGCACAAGUUUUCUUUUCCAAUCAAAACUUUAAAAAAAGUUGAGAAAAUGUUGCCAUUCUGCUGAGGUCUUGUGCCCUUGUGUUCUGUGUGUGUUAAAAAAUAAUAAAGCACUACAUGAAUUGA